ACUGGCAGCAGCUUCUACAAAGAUGCAGUCCGUGACCUGGUGCUUGGCAUUGGCAGCAUGCUUCGCAUUCGCGCAAGGUCACACGUAUCAUAUGGGUGCCUGUCCCAUUGUGGAACCCAUGCAGGGUUUCCAGAUGAAUAGAUUCCUCGGCAUAUGGUACGUCAUCCAGAAAACGUCGACGGCCAGCAAGUGUAUCACCUACAACUACACGCGGGGCGAGGAGCCAGGUGAAUACCUGAUAACGCAGGACUCGGAUCAUCCGAUCUUAGGUCUUACGUCACUGCAACACGAAUAUCACUAUACCGGCGAGCUGAGUGUACCGGAACCCAGCACUCCAGGUCGUAUGGAAGUCCGUUUCCCUCUCAGUGUGGCCGGAAGUGCGUCCCACGUGGUGUUUAUGACUGACUACGACAAUUACGCCGGUAUAUUCACCUGCCAGAAGUUGGCGUUCGCCCAUCGACAAAGCGCGACGAUUCUCUCCAGGAGCCGGAUGUUGGAACCGUCCCAAGUGGACAAGAUACGUCACAGACUGAGCCAGUACGGCGUAGAUCCGUUCGAUCUGAGCAUCAUAUCGCAGUCGGGUUGCCCGCAGGGCAAUAACUCCCUAGACAUCAACGUCGACCCCAGCACCUUCACCUCCGAGAGCAUCGGGAACGCGGUGCGCAAAGCGGGCGAGAAAAUCGGCGACGGAGUCCAAUGGAUCGCCCAAGCUGGUAGCAACGUUUAUCACAAGCUUACCGGAACCGAAGAGAGCGAUCACACGUCGUCGACGACAGAUACAAAUAGUUACAGCGCCCCAGCUAACGCCAGGAACGUCGGUGGCAAAUACGAAACCAACGAAGUGGAGUGGAUCCCUUGAGUUAUCCUGAGUGAUUCCGUUAAUUUUUUAUUAUAUUCUUAUACACUGGUUGCGAUCUUGAUACGAUUAGACAUAGACGUAGCGAGCGACGAUAGACCCAUUAAGAUAUUCUUUUUGACGCACGUAUGACUUUCUGUCGUUUUCUUUGAGAACAUAUGCAGAAUAUUCUGAAUGGAUAUCUAUAUAUAGAAUCGCAAUAUAAAAAAAGACAGCGCAAACUUCUCAAAUAUAUAUAUAUAUAUGUAUAAAUGCCUGAAAAAUAGGAUGGAGCAGCAACUUAUAGGGCAGUUUCAUAAUUAAAAGUCUCGUACUUUGGGUGGUCUUAAGUUUAUCUUCAGAUCCUUUGCUAAUGAGACGACUUUUAACAAUAUUUAAAAAUGAAUUUGAGACAAACUUAAAUAUGUGUAAGAUUGGACUAUAAAUACAACCUUUUGACACUUUUCUCAAAAGGGUUACUAUCCUAUUACCAUACGUUAUAAAUGAUCAAAUUAAAAAGAGAUUUCGUUUUUAAUAAUAUGUAUAUUAUACUAUCCUAUUACCGUACGUUGUAAAUGAUCAAAU